AGUACAAGUAGAUAACAAGAUUUGAGAUAUGUUUAAAAGGUUGCUAUUUUAAUUAAGAAGGAAAGUCUUUUGUUUGAACGAAAUAAAAUUAAUACGACAAAGAAGGAGAAAAAGAAGUAGAAGGAGAAGAAGAAGGAAAAUAAUGAUGAACAAAAGGAGGAGCACGAAUCACACACUUGUAACGACGGGCCUGGGAAAAGAUGGUUAUAUGUCAUUUUAGUGGUGUAAAUCUAAUUUGUCUUCACUGUCAUAUCAUCGUAUGCGAUCUUUACACGAGUUUGUUUCCGCAAAUAUAAAUUGUGAUACAUUUUUAUAUCACAGGAUAUAACCAUUAGAUUCAAUUGUUCAAUAUUUCAAUAUGUACACAUAUAGUAACUAUUCUUUUUUUCAUCAUUGUUUGUGACUGCUAAGAUAUUUAAUAAUACGAAGAUCAGGAUGUUAAAGAUUUCACGGAAUAGGACUAUAUAUGUUAAAGCAAUUGUUUUGCUAAGAAACGAAACUGAAACGAGCAGUAGGCCAUUAUUUUACAACAAACAUGUGACUUAUACAUGUAAUUAUAACUAAGUUGUCACAUUGAAAAAGGAGUAUUUUAUGACAUUCGUGGAAUAUACAAGUAUAUUGUUUUUCAGAUCAUAAAGGAAUCAACAUAGUAAUAAAAAAACUAUUUGCGUCAUAGAAUAGAUAAAGGAAUUAUAAACAUUUGUUCAGAUAAACAAUAUAUAACUAUUUAAACAUGGCUACGCUAGAUUUCUACACAUCUUCGUAUUUUGAUAAUAGCUCUGUUGUCCCUUUAAGUCCAUCAAAUCACGUGGUUCCUAUAUAUGUGCUUGUCCUCAGCAUCACGAGCUGCUGUCUGUCAUUGAUCGGAAUAGUUUGCAUUUUUGUAUCCUACGUCGCCAUUGUUACUAUUCGGAACUAUAUUAGAAAACUUUUAAUUUUCUUGACCAUAGCUAAUCUAAUAGACGUGCUUGGGAUAAUCAUUGGAAUAGUGAGAUACAUGUUGCUGGAGUUCACCGAUGAAAGAUAUAAAAAAGAAACGCAAGUGUGCCUUUUUCAGAGCGUCGUAACUUCCUUCGCACCAUGCAGUUCGUUUUUCUGGACAGUUUUUAUCGCCAUAUAUUUUCAAGUGCAAGUAUUAAGACCGAGCUGGGCUCAUAAACUGUCGAGCAAGCAGGCAACCGUGACGUAUCACGUGGUGGCAUGGGGCGUUCCUGGGUUAACCUGUAUUCUUGCGCUGUACUUUAAAGUAUUUGGAGACACUGAGGACAUUUUUACGGGACCUUGGUGUUGGAUAAAGACAAAUCAAGAGAGGAAAACUGCUAUACUGUGGAUGAUUUUGACAGUAAAGGGAUGGGAACUACUUUCGUAUCUAGUUUUGGCGGAAGUUCUUGUAUUUGUCGUCUAUAAAACAUCUAUAUUACCUAGAUGUCUCCGGCGGCGUGGCGGACAGUAUUUGGAAAUACACGACUCGAAUUUGCAAACAUCUACAGGACUUAGACGAGGGGAUAAAAAUUUUGUGUUUAUUUGGCUCAUAUUCUAUGUACUACGUUUCGCAGGAACAUUUCGUUUUCUCCUGCACGUUACGUAUGGACCCUUACAUGAACAAAUGAGAAUUACAGACAGAGUUAUGUUGGCUUGGCAAGCGUUUGGCGAUACUGCACAAGCGUUCGUCAACUUUAUUUGUCUUUGUGUAUUUGACAGAGUAAUCAGACAACAUUAUUGUAGUCGUCUGUCAAGAAACGAUAGAAAUGAUCACGUGGCUAAUAACGGAGGAGAGCAAGGCAUAAAUAUGUGAUGAUGUAAAAAUUUUAUGCACGUGACUAGAGACAAAACAAAUUCUUUAUAAAUAAGUGACGAAACACCAGUUUUACGAAACGAAACAUAUGAAUAAUAUUAACUUUUAUUUCCACGUACACUUAUGAAUGUAUGUUUAAACGUUGUCAUUCAGAGGAAAACAAGUUUUGACCGAUUGACAAAGUUACAUCAAUAUAAUAUUACAUGUACAUGUAUAAUAAUAUGAUGCUAUUAACCAUUAUCUUCCAGGCAUCAAGGUGUUUAACCGCUGCCACGGCUAGCCUACAAAUCCGUACAGUGUGAGAAGGCUGACUAGGUGUUGAUUUUUGUUUUUCAAUUUUGAUAUUAAAAUCCCUGACACUUUCAAUGGACCGUUCCAAAAUCUUAAACAGAGCAAAUCCAUAGCACAAAUUUGCAAGUUAAUGAUUAAUAUUUUCAUUUUAUAUCCUGCUUUUAUUUUUUUUUUACUUUUACGUCAUUUUUUUUGGCUUGCGCUCUCACUCAUAACGUCAUCAAAUCAAUACGUCACAUUGUUCUUAUUGAAAAAUAUAUUUCAUUAUUAAAAAUGAUAUAUGUAAUAGUUAUAGUUCAGAUUUUAAAAAAUAUGGAAUUUAUUGCAAGCGUAGCGUAGCGGAGCGCAGCAAUAAGUUCUAUAUUUUUUAAAAUAUGAACUAUAACUGGCUUACCGUUUGACCCACUUUCGUGGAAUAAGUCACGUACGAAGUGUCGGUACAGCGUUUGAUGUAAUACGAGUCCUGCCCUAACUAGUAUAGAUUGACAGCCCAACACAUGGUCGUAGUGUUUUGACCUGUCAAUUAAAGCAUUGCAUUUUUAUGUAUUUUUAUAUCAUUAGUCAUCAUGUAACAAUCCUGCGAUCAGGCUGUGUUUGACAUGAAUAUAGCAAGAAUCAUGUUUUUGAACCAUUUCAUGUCGAAUGUGCUGAUGUGGUCACGCAGUUGCUUGAUAUUGAUACGCAGGUUUUAUAUGCAGACACAAGCAAAAAAAGGCAAAAGCUCAGGUAAAUAUUUUAUAAAAAAAUAUUCUCGAAUUGUCGCAAUAUCUAACUGCAUCAUUAUCUGAAUGAAAAUACAAAUUGUAACAUGACCAAGCGCGCAGCUUUUGUUCGCCCAACCAGCACCGAACCUCAAAGUAUUGAAGUUAAUUAUUCAAACAUAACAUGAUUAAUCUGCCUAAAAUGCUGUUGCAAUUAUUAAAAAAACUUUGAAAAUCAUAUUUAAGGGGUUUCUUUGAUAUUUGCAUUUUGCAGGCCGAUUUGAAAAGCUUUUGACAUCUGAUGACAUUAAGAAAGACCAGAAAUACAGUUUCCUAUAAUACAACGAAAAACAACUGGGCAGUGCGCGUCUGGAGAGAGUUGGCUGAAAACCACAACCUACAACCGGAGACUAAGCAAGAGCCUGGUUAUCCUAUUCCCGUUCAAAUAGAGCAGUUCCGUUCAUGUGCAGAAAUGGAUUUUUGGUUACAACGAUUCAUCAGGAAAAAUGAUGUAUUUUAUCCUCCAACAACUUUACUAAACAUUGCUGCAAGGCUACAACGGUAUCUUCGAAAUGAAAAAUCCAUGCACGUGAACUAUGUUAAAACUGAAGAUCUUUUUUUCUGAACUUCGCAGAAUAUUGGAUCCAUGCAUGCGCGAGUUGACUAACGAGGGUAUAGGGGUCGAAGUCAACUGUUAAAAAAGUGGAGAUUUUAACAAAAUGUGGAAAAAAAUGUCUUGGAAUUAUGAAAAAUGGAUAUUCUGUAUGAUCUUUUAAAGAUAUGUGUUAGUUUCGAACUUUGAGAUUUCUCUCACUCCAUGUCUAUUAUUUUCAGUUAUCAGCCACAAACUGUUUUCUAAUGUUUGAAUUAUAACCAUGACGGUAUAGGGAAUGUACUGUUUCAAUAAUUUUUAUACAUGUAAAAGCUUGGAUUUAUAAAUAACCGUAUGAAAUCGC